GAGGUCGAUGGUCUCUCGGUUUUAAUACCUGAUCCCUACCACGCACUCGCGCUCUCGGCCUCACAAAACCCUCUCUCUCUCUCUCUCUCUCUCUCUCUCCUCUCUCCGCUCUGCGGCGGCGCCUCUCUCGAAAGCAAACCCUAAUCGAUCCCAAAAAUAUCAUGGAUGCGUCUUUGGAGAAUUUUGUCGAAGAAGAUCUGGGUGGAGUGACUGAGAACUCACACAAUGAAGAACCGGUGGAAGAUACAAAUUUUGAAGAACAUCACGAAGAACCAGUUGAAGAUACAAAUUUCGAAGCACAUGAGGAAGAAGCAGGGAACGAGACAGAUUUGGGAGCACAUGAUGAAGAACAAGUGAAAGAUAUGAAGUUAGAAGCUCCCAAUGAGGAGCCUGUAAAGGAUAAUAAUUCCGUACCUAGGGUUGGUGAAAAGAGAUGGCCUGGAUGGCCUGGUGAAACUGUUUUCCGUAUAUUGAUUCCUGCUCACAAGGUAGGUGCUAUCAUUGGUCGAAAGGGAGAGUUCAUAAAAAAGAUGUGCGAAGAAUCAAAGGCUCGUAUUAAGAUUCUUGAUGGUCCUCCUGGCAUACCAGAAAGAGCAGUUAUUAUUUCAGCGAAGGAGGAGCCUGAUGCACCCAUGCCUCCUGCUAUGGAUGGUUUGUUGAGGGUUCACAAACGCAUAUAUGAUGGUUUUGAAGGUGAAUCUGCUCAGCCUCCAAGUUCUGGCAAUGCCAUACCAACACGACUACUCGUACCAGCUUCACAGGCAGGAGUCCUCAUUGGGAAGCAAGGAGCGACCAUCAAAUCCAUUCAAGAGGCUUCUAACUCGAUUGUUCGUAUUGUAGAGAAUCUCCCUCCCAUCGCUUUGCAUGAUGACAGAGUUGUUGAGAUACAGGGGGAACCCAUCAGUAUGCACAAAGCCGUGGAACUGAUUGCUACUCAUUUACGGAAGUUUCUGGUUGAUCGUGGAGUCCUUCCUUUAUUCGAAAUGCAUAUGUCAAUGCCAAAUAUGCACAUGGAGCCCCCAAACAUGCCCCCUCACCAACCCUGGGUUCCUCCUCAAGCCCUUCCUCCGAAUCCUCGGUUCAUGCCUCCACGGCCCCAUGACAAUUUUUAUCCCCCACCUGACCUACCUCCGAUGGAGAAGCAGCCUCAUUAUGGUGUAUCUACUUAUGGCCGUGAGGCACCUCCAGUUGGUGGUGGGGCCCAUUCGUCAACGAAUCAACAGGCGCCACCCACGGCCUCCCAGGUCACACAUCAUAUGCAAAUCCCACUUUCGUAUGCUGAUGCUGUAAUUGGGACUUCUGGCUCGAGUAUCAGCUAUAUUCGUCGUGCUAGUGGGGCGACCGUUACUAUACAGGAAACAAGAGGUGUUCCUGGAGAGAUGACUGUUGAAAUUAUUGGGAGUGCUACACAAGUCCAAACUGCUCAGCAAUUGAUACAGAAUUUCAUGGCAGAGGCUGCUCCAGCCGCCGCAGCUCCAGCUCCAUCGCAGAACACAAUGGGCCCUGUCGACUCCGGCUACAAUGCUUACUCAGCCCAUGCACCUGCGUACGGGUCUUCAGUCGGCUCCGCUCCUGCUCACAACGGCAGUGGCUAUGGCUCCGGCUAUGCAACAAAUUACGGGUAUUGAGAUGGGCAAUGCGCUAUAUUUCCAUGGCAAUGGAUUUGUCAAUUGUUAACCUCUUUUCUCGGCGAACUAGACUUGAAACUUAAAAAAAAUGGAAAAAAAAGGAAAAGGAAAAGGUGCUUUAUGUUGACUAGUUUGGCCUCUGUUAUAAAUCUGUAUGAUUUGAUAGUUGAACUGUUGUGAUUCGUCGGUGCCAUUAGGUUUAUCUUCUUGAUCAAAAUACAUGAUUAGGGUUUUCGUUUGGAAAUGGCUUUCUCACAUUGGAAGGUUAGAUUGAGAAAUAUAUGAUGGAUACUCUUUUAUGUUCUUGGUAGUGAAAUGAUGGAAUUGCUGUUUAA